GUUGUACCAAACAAUUGAAGAGAGAGUUUAACGUUACUUUUUUCCAAAUCUACGAAAUCUGUAAAAUAGUAUUGCAAACCAAAACCCCGCACUCAUCUUCAUCGUCUUCGUCUGAUUUAGGGUUUCCAACUUCGGAAAAGUUUUCCCAAUUUUCUUCGAUCAAAUUUUCGACAAAUUAAAGCAAAGAUGAGGCCAAUCUUGAUGAAAGGGCACGAGAGGCCACUCACUUUCCUCAAGUAUAACAGGGACGGAGAUCUUCUGUUCUCUUGCGCCAAAGAUCAUAUGCCAACUGUUUGGUUUGCCGAUAACGGCGAACGGUUGGGCACAUACCGUGGUCACAAUGGAGCUGUUUGGUGCUGCGAUGUAUCAAGAGAUUCGUCACGAUUGAUUACUGGUAGUGCUGAUCAGUCGGCUAAACUAUGGGAUGUUCAAAGUGGAACACAGCUUUUCACUUUCAGUUUCGAUUCACCUGCUAGAGCUGUUGAUUUUGCUGUUGGUGAUAAACUUGCUGUCAUCACCACAGACCCUUUUAUGGGGUUGUCUUCUGCCAUCCACGUCAAAUGCAUUGCCGCAGACCCAGAUGACCAGGUUGGUGAUUCUGUACUAGUACUUAAGGGUCCUCAAGGAAGGAUCAAUAGAGCGGUUUGGGGACCUCUGAACAAGACAAUCAUUAGUGCUGGCGAAGAUGCUGUGGUCCGGAUUUGGGACACAGAGACAGGAAAAUUGCUGCAAGAAAAUGACAAGGAAGUUGGUCACAAAAAGACAGUUACGUCACUUGCAAAAGCUACUGAUGGAUCACAUUUUCUCACCGGGUCUCUAGAUAAGUCAGCAAAGCUUUGGGACAUCAGAUCGCUGACAUUGAUCAAGACAUAUUUUACUGAACGCCCAGUCAAUGCCGUUGCCAUGUCUCCACUUCUUAACCAUGUGGUGCUUGGAGGUGGGCAGGAUGCAUCUGCUGUUACCACAACUGAUCAUCGUGCAGGGAAAUUUGAAGCCAAGUUUUAUGACAAGAUUUUACAAGAAGAGAUUGGAGGCGUUAAAGGACAUUUUGGUCCAAUAAAUGCUUUGGCAUUCAACCCUGAUGGGAAAAGUUUCUCAAGCGGAGGUGAAGAUGGUUACGUGAGACUGCAUCACUUUGAUCCCGACUACUUCAAGAUUCCAUCAAUUUGAUCAACAUUUACAUUCUCAUUCGGUUUUCUAGUAGGAAGGAGGCCUGAGAUUGCUUCAGUUUUGGAGAGACAAAAUUUGAAGAUUAUUGAUUCAACAGUUUCGAGCAUCGUUGAAGAUUAUUGCUUCAGUUUUGGAGAUACAAAAAAGUGCACAGAUUCACUGAUGAAUAAUGACACUUUGGUUGAUAGAUCGAUAGAUAGAUAGAUACAGUGUUAUAAUUCUUUUUGCUCCACAUUCUCAAAUGGAUUCACCACUUUCUAAUUUACCAGCUCUAUUUGAAAUG